AUGGCAUCAUCGAAAGUCGCACGGCAAUAUUGGAGAAGCCUCGCCCGGCCUGAACACCGGAGUCCCGCCGGGACGGCAUUGCGGACCGGGGCGACGACUAACACGAGUGUUGUGAACUAUCGCAACAGCACGAGCUCGAAUUCGCCGACGGAGCGAAAACGUGAAAGGGUCGUUGUGCUGGGCUCAGGAUGGGCAGGCUAUGCCUUUGCCCGCGAACUCGACCCCAAGAAAUUCGAGCGCAUCCUCAUCUCGCCGCGCUCCUACUUCGUCUUCACCCCCUUGCUGGCCUCAACAUCGGUCGGCACCCUAGAGUUCCGCUCCAUCCUCGAGCCCGUCCGCUGGCUGAACCUGGACUCGUUCUACGAGGCCUGGGCGGACGACGUCGACUUCUCCAAGAAGCUCGUCCGCGUCGAGAAGGUUACGUCCCAGGACGCCACGUCCCGCACCCUCCCGGAGAGGCAGCUGCACCGGUCCAAGGGGGAGGUGAUUGAUGUGCCCUACGACAAGCUGGUCAUCUCCGUCGGGGCGUACUCGCAGACCUUCGGCAUCGAGGGUGUCAAGGAGUACGCCAACUUCCUGCGAGACAUUGGCGAUGCGAGGAGCAUUCGUUUGAGGGUGCUCCAGUGUUUCGAGAAGGCCGACUGGCCCACGACCACGGAUGAGCAGCGGAGGAAGAUGUUACACUUUGCCGUCGUGGGAGGUGGCCCGACAGGAAUCGAGUUCGCCGCCGAGCUCCACGACCUCAUUCACGACGACCUGUCCAAGCUGUACCCGCACCUCAUGGAGUUCGUCAGCAUCACGAUCUACGACAUCGCGCCCAAGGUCCUGCCCAUGUUCGAGCAGCAGCUCGCCUCCUAUGCCGAGGACCUCUUCCGCCGCCAGGGCAUCAAAGUGAAGACUCAGCACCACCUGCAGCGCAUCCGGUCGGACGAGGACGACACUUACAACACUCUAAAGCUCAAGAUCAAGGAGUACGGCGACGAGGAGGUCGGCGCGGGCCUCGUGGUGUGGAGCACGGGGCUGAUGCAGAACCCGCUCAUCCAGAAAAUCCUGAAGAAGGAGCUGCGCAACCCCGCCUCGGCAGUUGAGGGGAAGAGAAGUGAGAUUGUGAAAGUCCUGAAGGCGGAGAGGAGCGGCGGCAUCAUCACGGACUCCCACCUGAGGGUUCGCCUCGACGACCCGGAUAACGAAAAGGCCGUCCUACCGGACGUGUAUUCCCUGGGCGACUGCUCCGUCCUGGAAACCGGGACGCUUCCCGCCACGGCGCAGGUGGCAAGCCAGCAGGCCGUGUACCUCGCCAAGAUGCUCAACAGGGCGGCGGACGACCGGGGGAGCAAGCCGUUCAAGUUCCGCAACCUGGGGACGAUGGCUUACCUGGGAAGCUGGAGGGCGAUCCACCAGAGUUCCGCGGACGAGCUGAAGGGCCGGGCAGCGUGGAUUCUGUGGCGUUGCGCUUACCUGACCAAGUCGAUGAGCAUCCGGAACAAGAUCCUGGUACCGUUCUACUGGUUCAUCACCUGGGUUUUCGGGAGAGGCAUUUCUCGAUUCUGA